AUGGCCUCCGCUGCACGACCGGCGCUCGCGUCGCGUCAGAACCACUCGUACUCGAACAACCUGGCCAACACAAAGCAAGCGCAGCUCGCCACAGCGUACCAGCAACUAGCGCGCGAGCUUGCUAGUGACCAGAUCAAGGUCGUUGGCGGGUACACACUCGGCAAGGUCAUUGGUGAAGGAACAUUCGGCUCUGUUCAUAUCGCGUCUCAUCGCACCUCUGGCACACGAUGCGCAAUAAAGAAGAUUCCAAAGUCGGCCACACCACAGCUUACGCGCGAGAUACACCACCACCGCCGUCUGCACCACCCACACAUUGUCCACCUCCACGAGAUUAUCGCGACCGAGACACACAUCUGGCUCGUCUCAGAGCUGUGUUCCGGUGGCGAGCUGUUUGACUACUUGGUCGAGCACGGGCGUAUGCUCGACGGCGAGGCCAGGCGACUCUUUGGCGAGCUGUGCACUGCAGUGGGCUGGCUCCACAAGCAAGGCGUUGUUCAUCGAGACCUGAAGCUGGAGAAUGUCCUCCUCGACGGCGAGCUGAGGGUCAAGCUCGGAGACCUGGGCUUUGCCCGAGAGUACCAAAAGGGCCGACUGAUGGAAACGUUCUGCGGUACAACAGGAUAUGCCAGUCCCGAGAUGCUGGCGUGCAAAAAGUACCAGGGCGUCGAAACAGAUAUUUGGUCAUUGGGCAUCAUCCUCUACACGCUCCUCUGCGGCGGACUCCCAUUUGACGAUGACGACGAGCGUGUCAUGAAGGAUCUCAUUAUCAAGGGAGAGUACGAAGAGCCAGAGUGGCUCAGCGACGAGGCCAAGUCUUUGAUUCGUGGCAUGUUGCGACAUGAGCCGGCCGACCGCUUGACCAUGGAGGAGAUUCUCACUCACCCUUGGUUUAGAAAAACAUUGUACGACAGCAUCCAAGGCGCGACCACCACCGAUGACCCACGGUCCGUUCCCCCAUCCCCAUUACCUGGCCAGUCGUUUGCAGAGCCAAAGUCCCAACUCCUCACUUCCUCAUCGGCCACGUCGUUCCCAUUUUCGCCCCGUAGCUCGUCGAGCGCUGCCAAACGCCAACCCCCGCCGCUGGACCCGAUCGCGUCGCCAGAUCCAGAAUCGGAACCUUCCGAGACAUCAUUUGAUUUCACCGACCCGAGCUUGCGCAAGCCAUCCAGUGGCGACACUUCUCCCACCACGGCCGAGAAUGAAAACGACGACGAGCACGAUAUCAAGCGGAUACACAGUGGCGACAUGUUCAGUGAGACGGAGCGCGCUCUGGAGCUUGCCCACCUGAACACGAGCGAAUCUACAAUCCGCGAAUUUACUGCCGAGCCGGCCUCAUUACGGCAGCGGAUCAGCAAGCGGUUCACUCUGAGCAGCACCAAAGAGGACGACAGCGAGGGAAGCGGGUCUGGGUCUACAAGCCGCCCGGACAAGCGGCUGAGCUCCCAAAGCUUGACUGUCAUUGACGAGCACACCCUUCCUCUUCCCGUUGCCGAGAGCUCUCGCACGCCGGUGCGAACCAAGAGGCGGUCUCUAACGUCGCAGUUGCCUCUUGAGCGCAGGACGUCGCACAACAGUGUUUCCAGCCAGUGGCAGGUUCACCUUCCCGAGGACUACCUUGCGCUGCUCAACGCCGAACGUCCGCCCCUGUUCUCGACUGCAUCAGAGAAGGUACUCCUCAACCGCCUUUCGGAUGUUGGCUUUGACACUGGCCAGCUCAUUCACUCGGUCAUGAACAAUGCCUGCGACAGCAGCAGUGCCAUGUGGUGGAUCCUGCGACUCAAGCAGAUGGAGCGUGGUGAGACGGACGACGUGGUGCAGGCCCGAAAGGCUUCCGCUGCGAGACGAAAGGAACGCGCCCAGCGCCGCGCCAAGGAACGUCGCGAGGAGGAGAACCACAACGGCGGUCAACCUGCCCCUGUGUCCAACGAGCCGUCUGGCAGCGGUCCAGCCGUCACUGUGUCUGCAGCCGACUCGCGCACCUCUCCUGGAACGUCUCGUCCCAAAACCCCGGACCCAGACUAUCCGGACACGUCGACGAGUACCUUGCAAGCUCCUCGGGUUCCACAGCAGGACGGUCGUUCACCUCCCGUGUCGCCUCGUGGACCUAGGACCCCGCUGAAUGUUGAUUACUCGCCCAGCAAGGACAACCAGCGCAAGGGUCGCUCUCCCUCGAUGAACAUGCUUCAGCGCGCCACGUCGGUUCUCGUCGGUGGUGUGAAGAAUUGGGAGCGACCAGACGAGCGCUCAGCAUCUGAGCCCCCCGAGCUACCCAAGCGCGGCGAGUCGCCCACCAAGGGGUCCAAGGCACCGGCCAAGAUGAUGAUGUCCAGGAGCGAGAGCGACUCGACGUUACUCGCGACCAUCGCUGCUGGCCCUUCGCAACCGCAGCAGCAGCAGCAACAACAACAGCGUUCGGCCGAGGGGUCGCCCACACGCAAUGGUGCUGGUUUCUCCGCCAGUCCGGCCCCGGCGAUCGACGUUCCUGGCACCACGCAAAGCGCAGACGCGACGUUGGACAGCCGUGCAGCGAAGAGCGCCAAGAAGGACAGCAUCUGGACGACGUUCCGACACCUGUUCUAUGAGGACAAGCGGCGGCGGAAGCGCGAAAUGAUGAUGCAGCCCAAGCCCGCGCCUGUCAUUCCUACGCGCGGCAUGAACGUUCGCGGUACCGGCAUGAGCCGUACCAGCACCAGCAUGCCACCAGUCCCACUGUCGCGCCGUACGUCUAUGGACGGUCGUGCAAUGUACUCGCACCGGUCGAGCAGCGUCAACUCUCGCCGUUCAUCCAUGUCCAACACGAUUGGCGACUAUACGAUCAACAUCCACGACGUGGGGCUGCACGGUAUCAACCGCCGUCUCAGUGGCCGCAGCGUACGGAGCCAACGGAGCGGAGGUAGCAUGACCCCGACCUCGGACAGGGAACAUGUCUCGCGCCCGGGCUCGUCGUUGUCGCUCCAGCGUGGCGGCUCUCGGCGGUCGUCCAUCCGUUCCCCGAGCCUGUCGCAGGACAGGUUCCGCACUGCACCCCCUUCGCCGUUGCACGACUAUCACCGCCGCGCAGCAUCGGGAUCUUCAUCUACGCGCGUCCGCCACAUCAAGGUCCUGCACGAGGCCAAGGCGCUGCGUCCCUCGUCUGUCGCGUCUAGCAUUCGGUCCAACCCGUCGUCCCGCGCCAGUUCAUUCGACCUCACGCGUGCCGAGUUUGACAGCGACUACGACACGGGCCGCGAGGGCGACUCUACGACUUCCCUGCGGAGGUUUGACGAGCGCACUGCUCUCGGGCACCUGCAAAGCAUGGCUCUGAGCGCGCAAGCCCGCACCCGGUCUCCACUUGCCCGCGGUCUUCCUGGUCCCGGACGCAAGGCGCCGCUGCGCGACGUGUUCCAGAAGAAGUCCAACGACGAGUGGGAGAGCGAGGACGACGACGGCUCGUUUGCCGGCGGACUGGGGCAGGCCAAGGGCGCGACGUACGGCUCGUCGUCCCUGGGCAACGGCAGCGGCGGCCGCGGCGCAGCGCAGCACCCGGCAUCGCGGUUCAACUCGACGGCGCCGAAACGCGGCGUCAUGUCCGCCGGGCUGGGUAUCGCGAGCGGGUUCUCCCGGAACGGCAAGGACGAGAAUAGCAAGAACGGUUCGUCUUCCAACAAGGCAGAUGCGUCUUCCUCGGGCGGCGCUGGAUCGGGAUCUGGGUCAGGUUCUGGAUCGGGGUCUGGGUCUGGAUCUGGAUCCGGGUCUGGGUCUGGCUCGGGGUCUGGCUCGGGGUCGGGGUCGUCGCGGGCCCGCCGCGGUGGCCUGCCGCCUGCGCGCAACCAGGCGCCGGUCAUCGAGGAGGAAGAGGAGGAAGAGGAGUAG